CGGACAAAACAGGAGCUUUGAGUUGAUCGCGCAAAGUUUCAACUUAGCGAGAAAAAUACCGUAAGUGGGAACUAGGACGUGUGCCUCCGAGCUUUUCCGGGAGAGUUCGGAACGCGGAGGGCCUGGUAGAGGAGGGCAUCAUGGGUGGCGGUGGCCGUCGUAGCGGUGGGGGGAAAAGGAGGUGCAACCGGAGUGGCGGUGACAGUGGUGAUGGUGCUUUCCGCGGAGGGAGCUCGUCGAGAGGUUGCCGUGAUGCUUUUUCUUCUCCCUGUUCUGGAAAACACUGGAAAUCCCACCCUGAGUCGCGCUCUAUUCGAUCAAAGGGGAAGGAAGGAAGUUCUUUGUCGCGGAAGAACGAUCGGGGUACCUUUUAUUAUUCGUACCUGUCCAUGGAUGCGGAUGCUCAGAACGGUUCGGAACAUGAUAUUGUGACUACUAUGGAAGAUAAAACCACGAUUUCUGCAUUUGAAAGUCGGAAUCCAGGCAUGCCAAUGCCUGCAGAUACUUUUAAAUAUGACGUAGAUGAGGAAUUAGUCUUAGGUGAAACCAGCCACAGGGGAUUGGGAUUUGAUGGAGGAGAUGAAGGAAAUGUUGCGGAGCUGGAUGUCUCGUCAGUCGAAUUGAAUGAGAAGAUUGAAUUUGAUGAAAUUGACAAUAGCGAUGAUGAUGGGGUUGACCUUAAGAAGAAGAAAGGGUUGAAGCAAAAAAAUUCUGCAUUUCUGUCUAUCGGGGGUGUGCGUCUGCUUACAGAAGAUGUAUCUGAUGACGAAGAAGAAUGUUCCUUGUCGGAUGAGGAUCAAGACUUGGUUGGGUCAUUUUCCAGUGAUGACGUUGAGGAUUCCAGCAAUGAAAGUUCCGGAGACUUUGAUUAUGUUAGUGGCUCCGAUGUUGACGAUGACGUUGCAGAGGAUUACUUGAAUGGUAUUGGUGGCAGCACAGAAUUUAUAAAUUUGCAGGAAUUGGGAGCAGAAUGUUCAUCGUCUUCUACUGUUUCAAGUUCUUCCAGCGAUGGUGAAGAGAAUUUGGAUGAAGGGCUUGAUGCUGAGACACCGACACAUAGCAUGUUGAAAAAGAAAGAAUUUAGACAGCAAGAAUUAGCAAAGAAGGGCUUAUCCUCAAAGACCAGAACAAACAUUCAAAUGAAUCAUGUCACUUUGAGAUCAGUUGCUGAAUUUGGUACCUUUGAUUGUGGCUUGGACAGUAUUUUGUCCCUAAAAGACUCGAGGAUGAAAGUUAAGAAGAAUAAAAAGAAGCACUCCCCUGAUGUUUCUUUGUCAUGGCCCAUGGAUGCUCGUAAAGAUAAGAAGUAUAAGAAUGUCCCAGGUUGGAAGAAAAAGCAUCGGAAAGAGGUGAUUGCUCUAAAGAGGAGAGAGAGAAUGAUACGUCGUGGUGUGGACUUGGAUCAGAUCAAUUUGAGUUUGAGAAAGAUGGUCCUUGAUGAGGUUGACAUGAUGUCUUUCCAGCCAAUGCAUACUCGUGACUGUGCUCAGGUGCAAAAACUUGCAUCAGUCUAUCGACUAAAGAGUGGGUCUCAAGGCUGUGGGAAAAAAAGGUUUGUGACUGUGACACGAACUGGGCAUACGACAUUGCCAUCCUCAAUUGAUGAAGUUCGCUUAGAAAGGAUGUUGGAAUUUGGUAAACAGUAUAAUAAUCAACACAAUAAGGAGAAACUGAAGGGUGUGACAUCCAGGGACCAGGCAACAGCAAACAAAUUUUCUGAAAGUGUGGUCAGAUCAUCCGAAGGUCGAAAAAGCAAACCUAGAAAGCAAGCUGGAAGGCAGGAGUAUGGAUAUGCUAAUGGUAAGCGUAUGUCGUUUGUUGCAAGUGGUGUGAUGCAAAUGGAUGGUCAUCCUCAGGAGCCAAGCAGUCCUUUGGAGGACAACGUUUGCACAGAGACCAAGCAAGUUACUCCCUCUGCGCAGUUUGGUGCAUUUGAGAUGCACACAAAGGGCAUUGGAUCCAAGCUCAUGGCAAAGAUGGGAUAUGUGGAAGGGGGUGGCUUAGGCAAGGAUGGAAAAGGUAUAGCUGAACCCAUCGAGGCUGUUCAACGCCCAAAGUCACUUGGGCUGGGAAACGCCAUUCCUGCAGCCACUUCCGGUGGUGAACUCCAAAAGAUUGGCACAUUUGAGCGGCACACGAGGGGGUUUGGUUCGAGGAUGAUGGCAAAGAUGGGGUUUGUCGAAGGCACAGGCUUGGGUAAGGAUGGCCAAGGUAUACUUGAGCCUUUGAGUGCGAAAAGGCGACCAAAGAAUCUGGGCCUGGGCUCACAAAAGACUCGUUAACAUGUCCAAAUCUGUAUGUUUGUUCCAUGGGCAAAGAUGAUGACCUCUAACCAUGUAAAGGGAAAAGCCCCUAACUGGUUUCUGAUGCUGAUUAUCCUGCCGUAUCAUUCCUCGUUCCCUCACAGAUUGGCGGCCAUGGAUUUCACUUUCCAAGGUAGCUGCUGGUGAUGGGCAUGUUAAGUGUGAUUCAACCGGUGCUCCAUCCGCCUUCAACGAUCAUAUAUAAUUUGUCUUUUACAUUGUUGGUACGGCUGUAUAUUCAAUCAUCCUACCCUCUUCUCUUAGUUGCGACACCAUAAGGCAUGUAUUAUCAACUGAUCCGUUCACUUUCAGCUGGAAAUCAAUUUCUCAAUUUACGGCACUUCACUAUCGCUGGCUUAACCAUCAUCUUUUCCUUCAGCAAAUUGCUGGAGGCUUUCUCAUGUUGUUGCAAACGUACGGGGGUUGAUGUUGUUGAGAAAUUUUCAAUGGACGUGGAAUCUUGUAAGAUAGUUAUCCCCGGAUGAGUUCUCUGAUUA